GAUAAGAUGUAUGACACGACGUGACCCGACUCAAGCAUGACCCAACCCAAACCCGACCCGCAUAAGUUGCGACAUUAACCCGAAUUAACUCGACCCACUCUUACCUGACCCAAACCCGACCCGUUUACUUGAAUUGACAGCUCUAUGAGUGUCACGAGCCACAUAUAAGAUUUCGUGGGAAAAAAAAAUGUCAACUCUUUCCCUACUAUCUCACGAGUUAUGCUGACAAUCGGCCGCAUCUCAUUUUGUAAUCUCAUCAUUCACCAUUUACACUUAACAAUUAUUUCCGAUCAAACAGUGGGGUCCAUGUCCAUGGCCUUGAGCCCUUGAUUAGUGAGUGUAAGACAAAAUGAAAAAAAACAAACAUUUGCGACAUUCAUCAGUGUAAGAUGAGAGGAAUCAAUCAGUCUUUGUCCAAAACCAACAAAUUCAGUAUUCUCUGAAAACCCAUCUCAGCUACUUCAAGUCUUCAACACCAGCCAACAACGCUCACUCUUCCUUCACAUUUUCUCUCUCCUCCUUCACAUUGUACCAUCUUUCAUAAUUUAUCUCAAAUGCGAUAGAAAAUGUUCAAAUUGCAUAAGCAUAAGACCGGUAAAGGUGGAGAGAAAUUUGAUUUUCAGUUUACCGAUUUUCAGGCAAUCAAGGUACCAAAAGGGUGGGAUAAACUAUUUGUGUCUUUAGUUUCUCUUGAAACAGGGAAGACGAUUGUUAAAUCAGGAAAAGCCUCUGUAAGAAAUGGUAUUUGUCGGUGGACAGAAACCUUCCAUGAAUCAGUCUCCAUUUUACAAGAGAAAGGAAAUUCAAAAGAGCUUCAAGGAUCCCUCUUCAGAUUUCUUGUUGCCAUGAGUUCAUCUCGUUCUGGCAUCCUUGGGGAAGUUACCAUUAAUCUGGCAGACUUCGCAAGUUCGAGAACUUCUACACCUGUGUCAUUGGUACUGAAAAAAUGCAACUAUGCUACUUCACUACAAUUGAAAAUUCAGUGCCUGACUCCAAAAACAAAAUAUAGGGAUUCACAAAGUGAAGGGACCAAUAUCAAUGUUGAAUAUUCAAAUGAUGACUCAGAGAUUACAUCUGAUGCAUCUGAUGGUGCGCUUUCUCGGAGUGGGGCUUCAAUGUCUGGCAAUCAUUUAGAGAGUACGUCAACAUCCCAAGCAGGUCUUAGUAGGGAUCCAAGUUUGUCAGCAUCUGAUUCCCGACAUAGUUUUGAUUCCGCAGAGGCUUCUUCUGGGAAUGACAUGUUUUCUCCUCAAAAUAAUAUUUUGCGUGCCGACCUCAUUGUGAGACAGGAUUCUAUUGAUUCACAAAACAGUGGUCCAUCUCAUAGCUUUCGUAAAACUUGUAAUGAUAAUCAAUCAAAUCAUUCUUCUAUUCAUACCAGGGCUGCUGAGUCAUUUGGCGCUUCUGCAUUUAAACAAGCAGAGCAGAAUUCCAAUGCUUGUAUGUCACCACCAUGCUCAAAUGCUGGCUCUUCAAAGGGAUCUCUUGAAACUGCGGAGCUUACGAUCGAGGAGCUAAGGUCUGGAGCUAAGAUGCGGGAGCGAUAUACUAAAAUGUUAACCCAUGACGUGGAAGUCUUGAAGAAUGAAAUGUCUGGGCAGUCAAGGAGUCAAGCAACUCUCACCAUGGAGCUAUCAGCCUCACAGCAGGAAUGUAAUGGCCUAAAGCAGGAGAUUGAGCAUUUGAAAAAAUCUCUAGAAGAGACUGCAAAGAAAAACAGUGUGACAAGAGAUUUAAGACUUCAUUCUACAGAUAUGGAUGAACUACAGAAGGAAAUGGAGGAAGAAAUAAGGUUUCAUAAAGAAUCAAAUGCUGACUUGACUGAACAGCUACACAAAACACAAGAAUCAAACAUUGAGCUUUUGUCCAUUUUACAGGAGCUUGAAACAAUCAUAGAAACACAGAAAUCAGAAAUACAAAAUCUUUCUCAAGAUUCAAAGUUGCAAAUUGAAAACCAAUUUCUAUCUGCAAAAACACAGCUCUCAACUGAAUCUGAUACAAAGACACAGCCAACACAAGAGCCUGGUGAAUAUUCUCCUGAGGCCAUCCAUAACACAAAGCUCCAGCUGCAGCAGUUGCAGGAAGCACAAGAGGAACAAAAAAAUGUCAUCCAAAUGCUUGAGAAGUCUGUGGAAGAGAAGGAUGACAAGAUAGAGAUGGAAAGGAACCUCAAAACACAAGCUAUUUUGGAUUCUGAAUUAAAGUGGAGGCUUCAAGUAGCUGCGAAAGAGGAAGAGGUCACGAACUUGGAAGCGAAGCUAUCAAAAGCUGCCAAGUACCAAAUAAACAGGAACUUGGAAGUUGACACUGAACAUGAGACAGAUCAAGCCAAAGAGAUCAACGUCCUCAGGAGAAAAGUAGAAGAGCUUGAGAAGGACUGUAACGAACUGACUGAGGAAAACUUGGAACUUCUUUUAAAGCUCAAACAAUCAACGAAUUCUACAUUAAUAUGUGAAACUGAAGUAAGCCAACUACAAAAGCCUCAGCAUGAACUGAGAAACAAAGAAACACUGUUCGAACAUGCUUCCACUUCUGAGAAGUCACAGGCCCAAUGUCCAGAUCUUGAACGAAAAAGCCGUGUAGCAGAUAUUCAGCUGCAGACUUAUAAGGAAAACGCUGUUCAUCUUGAAGAUGAGUUACAGAAGCUUCAUGUUCAAGUUGAAGAACAGAGGAUAGAACUUCAUGCAUUGCAGAAAUUAAUAGAGAACUAUGAAGCAAAAGAGAAGACUGAAGACUUGCAAUUGUUGCUACCAAAUGUGAUUUGUGAGCCUUCUACCCCCAACAAUCUACCUGAUAUACUUCUCGAGAUUCGUAAACUGCUUGAUCAUACUCUAAAGCUAACAAAAAGGCAUGGACUUUCUCUUAACUUAUCUGUAGAUUGCAAUGAUAUUUGUUGUUUUCAUAACUUAGAGUUGACUUGUAAUAAGCCACUUACUUGUAAAGAGCAGCUGCAUGAGAUUUUGGAUUCUUUAUCCAAAACCAACAAAUGCUUUGAAGGAGAAUGUGAUAGGUGCGGAGUAAUGUUCAAAUACUCAAAAGAAGAUACAUUAGAUACCCAAGAAGAAGAUAUUAAGCUGGAGCUUGAAAGUUUGAAAAAACAUGAUAAUUGCAAUUCCUAUCAGGGACUUGGAAAUUCUGGCGAAGUCAUCCAACCUGAUCUAUGUAAAGAGCAGGCAGAGGAAGAUAUCAAAGUUGUUCGAAAACAGUUAAAUACACCUGAAGAUCAGAUAGCAAGUGUUUAUGAGGAAAAUAUUCUGCUGAAAGAGAAAAUUCAGAGCUUGGAAAGAGAAGUAGGCAGUUCAUCUAAAAGUUCAGAGGAAUUGAAAAAAGAGAUUAUAAUUUUAUCAAGCAGCAUGGAGUCACAUAUUUCUGCAAGCAAGGUACUUGAAAGGUUGUCAUCAGAGUUGGGAAAAGGAAAAAAAGACCUAGAGCAGCACCUGUUUGAUAUAGAAAAGGAAAACAUGCAGUUGUUAGAAAGAAUAUCAGCUUUGGAAGCCCAGUUACGAUAUUUGACAGAUGAGAAAGAGACAUGUCUUGUGAAGCUGCAAAAUUCAGAAGCCGAAACAAUGAAACUUCGUGAUGAGAUUAAAAAAUUGGAGAUUGAAAUGGAGACACAGAAAGGAGAUAUGAGACUUAAUGUAGAAGACAUGCGAAAUCGAUGGCUUGAAGCUUUAGAAGAGUGUGAAUAUCUGAAAAAGGCUAAUCCAAAGUUGCAAUUAACAGCAGAAAACCUUAUCGAUGAAUGUGCUUCACUUCAGAAGUUUAAUUGGGACCUGAGGAGGCAGAACACAGAUUUGCAUUCACGAUGCACUAUUUUGGAAUCUCAACUGAAGGACACACAGGGAAAAUUUUCUGAAUUCUCAGUGAAGAUUGACACUUUAGAAGCUGAAUUUCUUAUGAUUGUUGAAGAAGUUUCCUUAAAGGAAAAGACCCUUAAGUCUGAACUUGAAUCUCUUGCUAUUGAGGAUAGAGAACAACGAGAAAAAGUCAUGCAAGAAAAUAUCUCAUUGAAUGAUAUGUAUUCAGAAAAGGUAGUUGAAGCUGAAAAUCUUCAGAAAGAGCUCAUACACCUCAUUGAUCAGAUAUCAGUCGCUCAUGACAAGCAGGAAACAGUGUCAUCUGAAGCCAUACUUGAAGUUUACGUUUUACGUGCUGAAAAAGCUAAGCUUGAAGCUUCUCUUAAAGAUUUGACUAGUAAAUAUGCGAUCACUCAGAGAAAAUUGAGUAUCAUGGAAGCAGAAGCUGAAGCCAAAGUACAACAGCUAACUGGAGAACUUACUGCUUUGAGAAAUAACCAGGAUAUUCUUAUGACUAAGAAUGAUAACCUGUUAGUGUCACAGGAAAAUUUAAAAAUUAUUGAAGAAAAACAAAGAAGUGUCAUCACUGGGCUUGAGAUCAAUCUUAAAGCUUCAAAAUAUGAAGAACUGCAGUUAGCAGAGGAAAUUUCAAGCCUUAAGGAACAACUGCAGAGAGCUAACCUGCUUCAAGAUGAAGUUCUUAGUCUGAAGACCUCUCUCAGUGAAGCCAGUUUUGAGAAUCAAAGGGUGAAAGCUUCUUUUGACCUGCUAUGUAAAGAUCAUGAAGAUAUGAAGACUGAGAAGGAUUCGCUUGUGGAGAAGAUAAAUGGUAUGCAGCAGUCUCUGUUGGAGUUAGAUAACUGUCAGCGUAGUAAAAUAGCCCUUGAAGAGAAAAUUUUGCGGUUAGAAGGGGAUCUAGCUACCAAAGAGGCACUCUAUGCCCAGAAUGCGGAGUUAAGAUUUGAGCUCAGCAAACAUAAGAGGGCAAAUGCUGAACUUCAACGGAAAAUACAACAUCUUGAGGAGGACCUAGAAGGGUAUCUUAAUGGAGUUCCAGUCCAUCAAAAACCACAGCAACUAAAAACUACGGUGAUGCAUGAUCAAUUGAAUUCUGUAGGCCACGCUGACCUUGGUACAGAAUGCAUUGAUGCUGUGUGCUCCACAAAAGAUGAAAAGCAACACUUAGAGAUACUUGGAGUUCAGAGUACAGAUUAUUUGCUGAAAAUCCAGUCCCUCGAAAUUGAACUCGCUGAAGCUUUGGAAGCAAAUGAUAUGUACAAAACUCAGCUUAGAAGGUUUUUGUCCGAAGAGCAGACCUUUUCAGAUACUUCCAUGACGGCAGGAAGUCACAACGAAUCAGAUGACAGAAGGCAAAGGAACAGCAUCUCUUUCCUUGAGGUAGAACUGAGAGAUAUUCGAGAAAGAUACCUUCAGCUGAGUCUCAGGUAUGCUGAAGUUGAGGCUCAGCGUGAGGAACUUGUACUGAAACUGAAGUCCACAAAUAAUACGAAGAGCUGGUUUUCUUAGUCACAUGCUGCUUCACCAACUUUUUAUUAUACUACGUAGAUAAGUUGGGGUGAACCUUCAGCUUUUCCCAUGUUUUUACUGGAAUGGGUCAAUUAUUCAUUGGUGAAGCAGUUAACCAGAUUAACGAGUUUACUCUUUUCCAUAACAAAUUAUAUGGCGGAUACGGCUUGUAGAUAGAAUUUAUAUGCAUUGAAUUCUAUAACAAUGUGAAGUUUUUUCCGCUUUGUGAUCUCUUACCCUGUUUUCAUUAUGUAAAACAGGAAGAUAAGUGUCAGGUAAAGACUAGAAUAGACCCGCUCUACAAUAACUUAUUGUAGACCCAACCUUCUAGUAUAA